AUGGCCGAAUCUUAUGAGUUUACUGUUUAUCGGGGCACUUUCAUCCAGCUGCCCCGCGGGGACUCUAGCCGAAAGCCGGAACUUGUUCGCAAUUGCGGUACCCUAUGGGUAUCCUCUACCGAUGGCCGGAUCAAGGGGUUUGACUGGCAGGCCCGGGACGAUGCGACUUUUCAGGAAUUGAUGAGCCGCAAUGGCUGGGUGGACGUUGAUGCGGCUACCAACGGCAACGGCGUCAAUGGUGCAACUGUCAAUGUCAAGGUUGUGAUUGCCAGUGAAGACAGAAAUGAGUUCUUCUUCCCCGGAUUUAUUGAUACCCAUAUCCACGCGCCUCAAUUCCCAAAUGUCGGGCUAUUCGGCUCUUCCACUCUUUUGGACUGGUUGGAAACAUACACUUUCCCCGUGGAAUCAGGAUUCGGAUCUAAGUCAGAUCCUAAAAACCAAGACAAGAAUCCUAAAGAUGCUCCGCCUUCUGCUCUUCGCAUUUACGAUCAAGUGGUUGCUCGAACACUUUCCCACGGUACUACAUGCGCAUCAUACUUCGCAACAGUUCAUGUCCCGGCAACAAAUGCCCUCGCCGCACUCUGCCACUCACGUGGCCAGCGCGCUUUCAUCGGUAGAACUUGCAUGGACAACCCAGACUUCUGCCCCGAAUACUACCGCGACCAAUCCGCCGACGACUCCAUUAGCGCAACAAGAUCAACAAUAGAGUACAUCCACACUCUGGACCCAAAGGGAACUCUCGUCAAACCUAUCGUCACACCCCGCUUCGUACCAACAUGCACCCGCCCCGCCCUAGAAGGUCUGGGGAAAUUAGUCGCAGAGUAUAACCCACCCCUGCACAUCCAAACGCAUAUCUCAGAAAACACAAACGAAGUCGCCCUCGUCAAGGACCUCUUUCCCGAAUGUCCGAGCUACGCCUCUGUCUAUGAUACAUACAAUCUCCUCACAUCGCGCACUAUCCUCGCUCAUGCAGUCCACCUGACAGCCGAUGAGCGCGCAUUGGUUCGCAAGCGCGAUGCUAAGAUCUCGCAUUGUCCUGCGUCAAAUGCUGCCCUCGGCUCUGGAAUUGCCCCCAUCCGCGUCAUGCUCGAUGAGGGUAUCACCGUCGGUCUUGGAACUGAUGUUAGCGGUGGAUAUAGUCCCAGUAUUCUUGAAGCCGCACGCCAGGCUUGUCUCUCUUCUCGACUCCUGGGUCAUACUACUGCUCACGCGGAAUGCAAGCCGGUUAACGGAUAUGAUAAGACGGAGGGACGGGAGAAGCUCUCUGUCGCUGAGGCCUUGUAUCUCGCGACACGUGGCGGUGCCGCAGUCGUCGAUAUGGCAGAUGAGAUCGGUGGUUUCGAAGAGGGUAUGAUCUGGGAUGCGCAGCUGAUCGAGCUCGGAGGUGUCAGUGAACAGGGUGAAUGCCCACUCGAUGUCGUGUCGAAUGGCAAUGGAAGUCUUGUGAAGCCUGGCCCUGUGGGGAAUGUCGAUCUCUUUGGAGCUGAGACCUGGGAGGAGAAGAUGCAGAAGUGGGUUUGGAGUGGUGAUGAUCGCAACACCAAGGCUGUUUGGGUCAGUGGGAGGUUAGUUCAUCAGAGGGUUUAG